AUGAAGUAUGUUAGUGUGGAAGACGGGGGCUGUUAUGGUUGGCUUGUAGUUUUAGCUAGCCAUAUUAUUCUGAUGUUGAUGGCAGGGUGUCAGUGUAGUAUGGGAGUAUUCCUAGUACUGUUUAUGGAUUAUUUUGGAGAAGGUGUUGGAAAGACUGUUAUUGCACAGUCUGUGCAAGCUGGGUUAAUGUUGUUUACAGGUCCGCUGAUUAGCAUUUUAAAUAAUAAAUAUGGAACCAGACCAUUAGUUGUUAUUGGUGGAGUAUUAUCCAGUACUGGUAUAUUCUUAAGUGCAUUUGUAAGCAGUGUGAAUGCACUAGUUAUAACUUAUGGAGUUAUAGUUGGAUUGGCUUAUGGUUUGGUUUUUGGACCGGGUAUAGUGAUUGUGGGAAGAUAUUUCCACAAACGACAUGCAUUCGCCAAUGGAAUUGUCUAUGCUGGUUAUGGUGUAGGUAUAAUGAUAUUUCCACCACUUUGUCAAAAAUUAAUCGACACAUAUGGAUGGAGAGGAUCAUUGAUCGUCAUGGCAGGAAUUAAUAUGCAUAUUGUUGCAUGUGCAAUGAUAUUGAAAAAACCAACAUAUAAUAGAUGCGAUGAACAGAAUACCACAAGAGAUAUUGAACCAUGGCCAGCCACCGAAAAUGAAGGUGUGCAACCAGCGUUAGUCAAUAAAUUACAUGUGGAUGACACUAAUGCGCUAUAUGGUCCUGCCACACAACAAAACGGUGACCACGAUAUUACUGGUUGCAACGACAAUGACACCUCAGAUGACAUUAAGUUAAUGAAUAUUACUUACACACAACGUGUGAAAAUGUUAAUGCACAGAAUGGCUUCCGAUCUUUCGUUAUACUUAUUCUGGAAAUCCUGGUUUCGAACCAUGUGUCUUGUUGUACUACUUGUUGCAGUCAGUCAACUUAUUAUAAUGGUUCAUUUAGUUAACAGAGCAGUAUCUGAUGGAAUAGCAGCAAUCGAUUCUGCGUUUCUAUUGACAAUUAUCGGGAUAUGUGAAUUAAUAGGAAGAGCAACCCACGGCUUGUUAAUUGAUUUGACUAGAUUUUCUCCAAUGUUUAUUGCUGCCUGUUCGUGUGUUGUAUGUGGAAUAUCGAUAAUUCUUCUUCUUUUUGCAAAUAGCAACUAUGUAGUAUAUGCUAUCAUAGCAGCAGUAUACGGCCUAUUUGACGGUGUUUUUGUGCCGCUAGUGGGAGCUGUGUCUAUAAAGGCAUGUAUUGGGAGAGAACACGUGUCAAGUGCAUUUGGUUGGUUUUUAUUUCAUGUUGGUAUUGGGUAUACAAUUGGACCGCCUAUUGCGGGUUGGAUAUACGACUAUUCAUUGGACUAUGACAUGUCUUUUGUCUUCGCUGGAUGCAUAAUGAUUUUAGCAGCUUUAAUCAUAUUUGUACAAAUUAUCUACAAAGAGUACCAAUCGAAACGCAGUGACAAGAACUGUAAGAACAAAUUUAUUUCCAAUCGAGAUGUACAGAAAUACGAUUACCGUGACGUCUAUUGUGAGACAUCUGUGUGA